AUGAGUUCGCCACCAUUAAGGAUCAUCGACUCGGAGCCCGGAAGAGCCGGCGAGCCGGGGAGCGCCAUCAGAUGUGGCGAGACCGGCCAGGAUCCGAUGGCCUCCUUAGACGCCGUCGCCAGCGCGGUGGCAGAUGCAAGGAGGGCACUCCAAGAGCUCCAUCAUGAGACCUCCACCCUCCAACUCAUCUCCGCCCAGCUCCAUCGACAUGCCCUCCUGCUCCGUCUCAUCCACAACGCCAUGGCUCUCAGCCUACAGCCAGCACUAGAACCUCCCCAUCCCUCUCGCCAGAGCACUCUUCAACGACUCGAUCUGCUCGACUCUUCGGGCAAUCCCAUUCAUACUCUCGCCUCCGUCGAGGCCUUCAAAUCAAAUCCUGAGCAUAAUCAGCAGAUCCCUCAUUGCUUGAUCUGUCUCGAAGACUACAUCCUUGAUUCUCCGAUCGUCGUCUUGCCCUGCCAUCAUUCACACAACUUCCAUCUCACUUGUUUAACUCAUUGGGCCCGUUAUUGCCAGCAGCUCCUUUGCCCCUUGUGUCGUUCUCCGUAUGAACAAGAACGCUCGAGCGAUGAUGACCUCCCGGAAACCUGAGGGGAAGAGAGAUUAGGUGAAGCCCAUUCCAGUUACAUUUUUUUUCUUCUUCGUUUUCCUCUUUCUUAGGUGUAUGUAUCACUUCAAAACCCUUCAGCAUC